GGAACUUAAAAUUUGAUUAAAUUUAUACGGAGUAUUAAAUAGGAGAGGGGAGUUACGAGACUUGGGCCACGUUUCGUCCGUUUCACCUCUGUUCGUCGUUCCUGUUCGCCGUCCGUCUGCCAGGGAGAGCCAGCAGCCGCAGUAACCGCCGGGAUACUCCGCCGCUGUAAUCGCCGGCGACGCCAGUGAUUCCGACCGACGUCUCCGCCUCGUCCCUCCGUCGCGCAGCAGGCCGGCGAAACAAGAGAGUUGCAGCGGCAGUUCUCCCUCCUUGGUCCAGCUUUGAAUUCGUCAAAUUUCGAGGUAGGAACACAAAUUUGGAUGGGCAACCCGAAGGGCAGUGAAGUGGUGGUGUGGCGUGGAUGGCUCUUGUUUACUUUAAUAAUUAAACUACAUUAUUUUAUUUGAUUAUAUGGACGGUUGAACGUUACUUUGGUUUUCUUAUGCUUCCGCGACGUUUGGAUUUAUUUAAUUAUUCUGGGAACUUUAUCACAAAAACAAAAUAUUUUUAGCUACCCAGUGGAAAGAAAUCCCAAUUUGGCAUCUUUUUCUUUGUGCUCCUUUUAUGUUGCUUUUGUCUUUCAUGGUCUUCGAUGGAAACUCCUUUUGUCCCCUCUCCCUCUCCCUUUCCGCAGAUAUACGUAUUUUAGCGGAAGUUUGUGAGUGCAAGAAGUCAAGAACAGCGAGAGCUUGCUUCAUCAGAAAGAAAAAGGGACGUGAGUCUAUAUUAUUGGAUGGAGGAGUUGCACCGAGCUUGAAUCACCCACUCACUCCCUAGUCUGCCUACAUGUGCUAGAUGUACAAAUGGGUUCGGAGCAGAAUAGAUUUGCUCCGCCGCUGUUACAGCAGCCGCUGCUAGAGCUGCCUCCUCCGCCGCUCCCUCGUCCGUCUGGGCACAAAAGAUGGGUUGGAUGUUGGAGUGGAUUGUCUUGUUUCGGCAAACAAAAAGGCGGAAAGCGUAUAGUACCUUCUUCUCGUAUCCAAGAGGCCAAUUCAUUGGCAAGUAGACCUCUAGUGGGGGUUGUGAAUAAUAAUAAUACUACUACUGGACUGGCGCCAUCACUUUUGGCCCCGCCUUCUUCGCCCGCGUUCUUUUCUAAUAAUAAUUCGGCACUUCCUUCAACAGCUCAGUCACCAAGGUGUUACUUAAGUGCCAACUCCCCUGAAGGUCCAUCGUCAACUAUGUUUGCUACGGGUCCAUAUGCCCAUGAGACUCAACUUGUAUCUCCUCCGGUGUUCUCUACGUUCACAACUGAGCCAUCUACUGCUCCUUUUACCCCUCCACCAGAAUUAGCUCAUCUGACUACACCAUCUUCUCCAGAUGUUCCUUAUGCUAGAUUCCUUUCCUCUGUGGGUAUUAAGUCCGCUGAGAAGACAAACAUCAUUACUACUAGUGAUCUUCAAUCAGCCUGCUCUUUAUUUCCAGAGAGCCCUGCUUAUAAUAAUAAUCUCAGAUCACCUGCUUCAAGGACCACUGGUGACUUCUUGCCAUCACCUUCCAGUGAACGAAAUUUGCCUUCUUCUGUUGCUCUACAAAAGCCACGAUCUGAUUCAGGCAGGCUCGAUGGACUGGAAACAGUGGGCACCUCUAAAACGCCACAUGAUUCAAAUUUCUUCUGCCCGGCUACAUUUGCUGAAUUCUAUGAUCAAUCAUUAUUUCCUCAUUCAGGAGGGAGGCUGAGUGUUUCUAAGGAGUCUGAUGCUUAUUCUAAUGCUGGAAAUGCGCAUCAAAGCAGGCAGAGUAAAAACUUCAAGCAAGAGGUGGACGAGAUUGAAGCUUACAGAGCAUCUUUUGGUUUCAGUGCUGAUGAAAUAAUCACUACUGCCCAGUAUGUGGAGAUUUCUGAUGUCACAGAUGAUUCAUUCCGUAUGAUGCCCUUUGCCUCUGAUAAUGGUCAAGGGCAGGAAAAUGUACAGAUUGUGUCAAACGAUAAGACACAAGCCAAUGAAAUCGACUCCACUUCACAAUGUUGUAAAUCAAGCUCCAAUGAUGCUGAUUUGCCGGACAGUCAUUUGAAAGAUAAUUGUUCAAAAACAUGUCCUAGUAAUGCCUCUAGAGCCAGUUCACAUGAGUAUCGCGUUGUGAGCGAAGAUGAGGAUAUCUUCUCUAAGAUGGGGAAUUCGAGACUUUGUAGGAAAUAUCCCCAUGGUUCAUCCAGUUCUGAUGCGGAGAUUGAGUACCGAAGGGGUAAAUGUCUGAGAGAAGGCAAAAGCUUUGCCGGAUGGCAAGAGUAAUUGCCGGAUACUUGCUGGUACUUCUGAUGCUUUAAUUCUUUAAACAUAUUGGGGUUGAGCUUUUAGUUUAACUUUUGCACUUGCUCAGUUUGGCGUUUGAUACUUUUAUCAGAUCACUUGGGGAAUGAAUCUACUUUGUCCCUUUAUUUGAAGUUUUUAAUUAUAUGACAGUUGUACGUAAUUGCAUAAUAUACUCAAUGAAUUGGAGUCUAGUGGAGCUCCUGUAAAGCUGUGCUCUGGUAU